AUGACCUCAACCAGCACCGCUAUGACUGGAUCCCAGGUUCAGCUCAUGGCCGGCCCAGGCAUGAACUCCACCGAUGCAGGUGACCUCUAUGCUGCCUUUAUUACCGUCACCGGUCCCGUCUGGGCUCCUGUCACCUCCAGUGGAAGCGGAAAAUACACCGUUACUAUCCCCAAGGGUGUUGCAGGCCAGAGCUAUGUCGUUCUUACCAAGGGCAACAAGCAGGCCACUGACGACAACAUUGUUGCCGGUCCCGCUAUUAUUGAGGUUGGACAAAAGAUGGGAGCUAUGGGCAGUAUGACCACACCUACUUCGUCCAUGACUGGUCCUAUGAGUAGCACUUCGCCGUCCAAGUCUGCCUCGUCUACCCCCAUGUUCAACGGAGCCAAUGACAAGAAGGUCGGGUUGGCUGGUGUUACGGGUGCUGGUCUUUUUGCUGCGGUCGCCAUGUUGGUUUAA